AUGCACAUGGUGUGGUCAUUGAAGUUAUUGUUUGUCGCACCCCCAAUCGCCACCACCAAUCCUGAUGACAGUAAUUCUAUUUUUCAUUUACACCAGAAAUCAUCACUCAUAUUCCUUUCUGAACUUUCUUCAUUCAGCAAAUCAGAAGCAAUUCUUAACAACAUAGCAGCAGAAAUUACCUGUCAAGAAUCGCCAAUUGAAAACCAUUCACUUGCAGGCCUUUUAUAAGAGAAAUUACCUGAUUGUUGUAGCUGUGUUGAAGCUUAAGAAUCGGAGAGGUGGCUAAUGGAACGUACAUCAAGGAACCAAUUAUAUUGAAUAUUUUUGUAAAGUCAAUAUUGUAAUUUUGUCCAUUAUCAUGUCCAUGAUUAUAGGAGAAGACUGCGUACAUAUUUUUAGCUUUCCCUCUGUAUAUAUAUUUUGAUAUCGAUCCCUGUAAUGUUGAGUUCUUGAUUUUCGAAUCCUAUCAUGGUAUCAGCCUAAUAUAUCGAUCAUUCCUCCCUAAAAACAUCCAAUUCUUCUUCAUCCUCCAUGGCUGGUACUUCUUCCUUAAACAAAAUCCUAUCAGUGGCGCACUGAUGUUGCCACGGUGGUCGAUUAGGCGUUAGGAAUGGGCCGUGGGGGUAGCAGACUAGCAGUGGCAGGUGGAGGUAGAGGGUUGGAGAAGGUAUUGGGAUUUGAAGAGACGCAUUCUCUGAUGUUAUGUGC